UGCGGAGGCUCAGUUUUCUUCGACGCAUUCAGAGAGAGGGAGAGGGAGAGGGAGAGCGGUUUACACAACGAUAAGCGUCGAUCAAGGAUUUCUCUUUGUGGUCGUUGUUCAAAAUUUCAAAGAUCACUUGAUUCGAUCCAACGCAACACACUCCAACUGCAUGAAAGAAGAAUAAGAAGAAAAAUUAAUCAUCUAUUGGCGAAAUCGAAUCAAUUGCGAUCAUAAAUCGACUUGUUUUUGAGCUCAAAAACCCAAAUCAAUGGAGUUCAUUGCUGGUGGUGUGUGUGAAGAAUUUCUCUCUCGCCAUUCACUUCAGCAGCAGCAUCUUCUAGUUCUUGAAGCCUCCUUGUAUUGAUUUUGAAAUUUAAUUUUUUCAUUUUAGAGUUUCUACAUCUGUUAUUUCUCUCCUUUGUUUUUUUGUGAUUUUAAGAAAGAUGAAUGUGGUGAAGUCCCAAGUGUGGCAACCUUGCAAGAAGAAGAGAUCUUGAUUUCUAGAGAGAGACAGAGAAAUCAGAAUCAAUGGUUGGUAUUUGUCUUGUGUACAGUCUCAGUUGAGAGAGAGAGAGAGAGAGAGAUCUUGAGUGUGUAGAAAGAAGAAGAAGAAGAAAGAAAGUACAAAAAGACAUACAAACAGAAUAAAUAUAUACAGAGUGUGAGAUGGCUUCGAGGUCAAGCGGCGGAGGCGGAGUCGGAGUCGGUGGUGGUGGUGGUGGGCAGAGUGCAAGGACGAGGGUGGGGAGGUACGAGCUGGGGCGGACAUUGGGGGAGGGAGCGUUUGCGAAGGUGAAAUUUGGGAGGAACGUAGAGACUGGUGAGAACGUUGCUAUAAAGGUUCUCAACAAAGAGAAACUUCUCAGGCAUAAGAUGAUCGAUCAGAUUAAACGUGAAAUUUCGACCAUGAAACUAAUCAGACACCCAAAUGUCAUCCGUAUGUAUGAGGUUAUGGCAAGCAAGACAAAAAUAUACAUUGUUUUGGAAUUUGUGACUGGUGGUGAACUUUUUGACAAAAUUGCUAGUAAAGGGAGGUUGAAAGAAGAUGACGCAAGGAAGUAUUUUCAGCAUCUCAUAAAUGCAGUGGAUUACUGCCACAGCAGAGGUGUCUUUCAUAGGGAUCUAAAGCCUGAGAAUCUGCUGCUGGAUGCAAAGGGAGUUCUUAAAGUUUCAGAUUUUGGAUUAAGUGCUCUAGCUCAGCAAGUUCAAGAAGAUGGGUUACUACACACGACCUGUGGAACACCAAAUUAUGUUGCUCCUGAAGUGAUCAAGAAUAAAGGCUACGAUGGAGCCAAAGCAGAUCUAUGGUCAUGCGGUGUAAUACUUUAUUUAAUAUUAGCAGGCUAUCUGCCAUUUGAUGACUCCAACCUUAUGGCAUUAUACAAAAAGAUAUUCAAGGCAGAAUUUACAUGUCCUCCAUGGUUCUCCACGAGCGCAAAGAAACUAAUCAAAAGAAUUCUGGAUCCUGAUCCUGUGACACGCAUUUCAACUGCCGAAGUCAUUGAGAAUGAGUGGUUUAGACAGGGCUAUGAACCACCCACCUUUGAACAAGUGGAUGUUUGUCUUGAUGACAUUGAUGCUGCAUUUAAUGAAUCAGUGGACUCCCAAAACCUUAUCGUGGAGAGGCGGGAAGAACGGCCUGCAACACCUGUCAUUAUGAAUGCUUUUGAGCUUAUCUCUACGUCUCAGGGUCUCAACCUCAGUUCUCUAUUUGAAAAGCAUAUGGGGAUUGUUAAACGGGAAACAAGAUUUACAUCCAAAUGUCCUGCUAAUGAGAUUAUGUCAAAAAUUGAGGAAGCUGCUUCACCUCUUGGUUUUGAUGUAAGGAAAAAAAACUACAAGCUAAAGCUUGAAGCGCAGAAAACUGGGCACAAGGGUCAUCUAGCCGUUGCAACAGAGAUUUUCGAGGUGGCUCCAUCACUUUGCAUGGUUGAACUUCGCAAGGCUGCAGGGGAUACCUUAGAAUUUCAUGAGUUUUACAAGAUCCUUUCGACUGGUUUGAAAGAUAUUGUGUGGAAAACAGGCGAUGAAGCAGCAAGGAAAGUAAAUAAAGGUGUUGGCACUGCAUCAUCAUCGUCAUCUUGAUCACCGGCUUCCUUUGAAGAUCUAUGUUGGUGGAAAUUUCACAUAAUUUUGAUCAGCAGAUAUUUGAAUUCAGGUGGUUAGGCUUUUCUGUAUUGUAUUUUGUUUGUGUAUGUUGUUGGGUUACGGGUUUUAGUCCCGGGUUAACUAUUGCUAUAUGUUUCCCUCCUUAUCAAUAUGUAAAACUAUGUUACAUGGACUCAAGUAACGGUGUGUUCAAGUGCAAGCGUUCAUUUCAUAUAAUUAAAUCUCAAGAUAUUGUGAUUA